GUCUGUCCUUCAGUCCGUCUUCAGCUCGUAUCAGGAGUAAAGCGGUGGACAUGGGAGACACGCGCGCGCUGAUCCUGCUGUUCGCCGCUGUCGGUUUAUGCCACUGCAGGUCGGUGACGGUGUCCACGGGCCCUUUGCUCCGGGUCGAGGGCCAGCCGUUGUCUAUUCGCUGUAAUGUUUCGGACUACGAGGGCCCGAGGGAGCAGGACUUCGAGUGGACGGUAACGCGAGGGACAGAAUCCAUCAAAGUGAUCUCAACGUUUGACCAAAAGUUCUCGGAUCGCUCUCUUCAGGACCGCAUAAGGAGCGGCGACAUCAGUGUGUCACAACUAGCGGACAACGCAGCGGAACUGAGGAUUGCAGAGGCUCGAGUUAGUGACAGCGCCACCUACCAGUGCAGUACUCCCAGCACUGACUCCAUCAUAAGUGGAAACUAUGAUGCAAAUGUCCAGCUGCAAGUUGUUCCUAACAGUCUUAUUGUGGCUCCCGACACCCCAAACGCUGUGGUUCCCGAGGGCGGAUCCCUCAGGCUCCUGUGCAACGUCUCCCGCAGCUUCAUCGAAGGAAUUCACCUGUCCUUAACCUGGUCGGUCCAGAAGGGCUCGUCUCUACUAGAGGACAUGCUGACCUUUGGUCCAGAUUUGGGUGUGACGGUUGGCGACGGGUUCAUGGGACGCUACACAGAUGGCGGGAUGCGUCUAGAGAUGGGAAACGGAGUCUCACACAGUCUCGUGCUCUCCGGAGCGAUGCCGGAAGACGGAGGGAUGUACGUGUGCACAGCCAGACUGUGGACGAGAGAGCAGGGAGUCUGGAACCGGAUUCAGGAGAAGGCGAUGGAGAUGGGCGGAGUGACGGUCACCCCCACAGCGAACUCCCUGACGGUGUCGGUUCAGGACGACAGCACACUGUCCAGCGGAGAGCCGCUGCUGCUCACCUGUGCGGUGUCUGUGGACCGCGAGCUCUCCGUGGAGCUGGAGGUGACGUGGAUGCUGAACGCCAGUCGCACGCUGGCACACCUGAGCCGGGACGGCCUGAGGAACGUCUCGUCUGAGCUCGUGGACGUGAGGCGCUUGGGGAAGCGGCACUUCCAGAUGAAGGUUCACGGCGUGGAGAUGUCGGACGCAGGACUCUACUCCUGUAAAGUGAGCGUGUGGGUUCAGCAAACGAGUGGGCGAUGGUACAAGGCCGCCGAGAAGAUUUCUGACCCCGUACGAGUUCACGUUAUCAAGCAGAAUCCAGACUACACCGUUGUCCUAAACUCAUCUGUGAACGCAAAGUUCUUCGGCGACCCGACGGAGCUGGAAUGCAAAGUUACAAACGUGUCCAAUCUUCGCAGCGGACGACUGGGAGUGUCGUGGCUUUACAGAGACGCUGUUCCCGGUGUCGUUCCAGUGUCUACUCACACCAUCGCGUCAUUGGAUGAGAACGGGACCCUCGUGCCAGGCAAGACGUACAAGAAUCGCAUGGAGGCGGGGCUUAUUACAGCGACCAGGGCGGAGCCUUCCACAUUUAAGCUCCGCCUCCUUCACACGACGGACGCCGACGCUGGAGAAUAUACGUGUGGCGUAACGGCGUGGAUCCCGACUCGUCAUGGGAACUGGAAAAAGGUUGUGGAGCAUUUGACCCCAGCGCUUAAAGUCAGCUUUGCUAACAAGCGUCCUGUUCUCGGGGUCGUAGCCCGUCGUCUCCGUGAAGCUACGGCCACUGGCUCCACCUUUGAGAUGAGCUGCCAGGCCAAUGUGCAAAACCUCCCGCCGGGAACCACGUUUUCCAUCCUCGUCCUGUCCGAGGAGGCCGUCGGGUCUCCCAGCCGCAAGCUGGCCUCGCUGGGCCCGGAGACGGUCCUUCAGCUGGAGGACUGGGGCGAGCCGGGCCGGCGGGACGGCCUGAUGCUGGUGAAGACCGGGAAGAGGGAGUUUCAGUUCCGGAUCCAGGCGGUGCAGGAGACCGAUCGCGGCUUCUACUCGUGCCAAAUGAAAGCCUGGACGAAGCAGGCCGGGGAAGACUGGGUCGAGAUGGCCAAAGGAGUGUCCAAUAAGGUUCAGGUCGCUUUCGUACACAAAGGUCCCACGUUUGAUGUGUCCAUCAGUUCAGACACCACGAGUGUUUUCCCCUGGGAAACUGCUAAGAUGGUGUGUGACGUCAGUGUGAGCGGCACGUCUCCCAGUACAGAUGAUGUAGUGUACGAGAUGAAGUGGUUCCUGGGUCGUCUGAGGGGUUCCAGCAGCCAGACCCUGUUAGCCAGUAUGGACCGCUGGGGCGUCGUGCGCAAAUCCCCUCGCAACGACAGCAGCGACUGCAGCCUGGAGCGCCUGGGACACAGAAGAUUCGCCAUGAACGUCCACAGCACACAGGACAGUGACGCCGGAGACUAUCACUGCACCGUCACACCCUGGAUCCGCUCGCCCGCCACCGAGAUCUGGAGCAAAGCGCCGGACGUCUCCUCACAGAGAGUGUUCCUCAACGUGAAGUUCGCAUUGUGGGACUCGAUGAAGCUGCCUUUGCUGUAUGGGAUCUGUGCGUCAGUAACUGUGGGUGUCUUCUCUCUGGUCCUGGGCCUGGUCUGCGCUCACUGCUGCUGUAAAACAGCUACAGCUACUCCACGCUCUCGCAACAAACUCAUGGAGCUGGAGAUGGAUUGACAAAGACAGUACAGUUGUCCUCUUCCGUCCUGGACGGCGUGGUGACAACUGAUAAACGCUGGGACACAUCCCGUCACAUUAUGCACCGCCUGGAAGGAGCAACUACAUUCUCAGAGGAAAUAACUACUGAAUCAGAGUCGACGACCAGGGCGAAUUACUCAAAUAUUGCACUAAACACAUUCUUAUAUCAGCCGGGAACACUUUUGUUGGAUUUAUCAACAGUCUGCAUUGAAACAAGAAGUGUUAAAGAAGACUUUUUUACACUCUUGAGGAGAUACCUGCCAAGAUCCAAGCAGAUUUUGACAAAUUGAAGGAUUAUAUUACACUACAUCAAGCUCCAAAGAGACUGUUUGCUUCCAGAUCAGGGUUUAAAGAUACUAGUUUAUACCAUGAUUCUUCUGAAUAUGGUGCUACUCUCCUUCUGCAAGACGUGGGAAGAGCCGAACCCAUGUCACAAUGGGAAAGACGAUGUUUUAUCUGUGAUUCUGUGACGUUGUUCAUUGUCGUACUGUGUGCAUCAUUCAGUUUUGUUUACCAACCCAUCCAGAGUUGACCAGUUCUGACCAACCCAUCCCUCUAACUAGCCAAACAUUAUCAACUGGUUAACUGUAAUGCCAUAGGGGCGGUCACACUACAUUUUAAGACCUGAAAGAAUUAGAUUUAUUGAAAAGGUAGUAUUUUUUUAGAUACAGGAUGAAUUCACAAUGUUAAAAUAUACCCUUUCGCCUGUUUCCAGUGACAAUACAACCCAUCUGUCAAGCUAGCUAGCUAGCAACACUCUAGCAACCAUCUAGAAUACCUUAGCAACUGUUUAGUAACACCUAAGGAACUGAUUAGCAACUUUGCAGUGAACACUAAAAAAAAUGCUACCUAGCAACAGCCUAGAAAACACCACGACAACUGCAUAGAAACGCCCUAGCAACUACCUACAGCACUCUAGUAAGCACUAAUAGCAUCCUAGCAACAGCCUGUAAACCACUUUAACAAUCGUAGCAACCACACAGAACACUACAGCAACUGUAAAGAAAUGCCCUAGCAACUACAGCAUUCUAGCAAACACCAAGAGCAUCCUAGCUACUGCAUAGAAACACCCUAGCAACUACCUACAACACUAAAAAAACACCAAGAGCAUCCUAGCAACUGCAUAGAAACACCCUAGCAACUACCUACAACACUAAAAAAAACACUAAGAGCAUCCUAGCAACAGUCUGGAAACCACUUUGAACACCAUAGCAACUGCUUAGAUACACCCUAGCAACUACUUACAACAUUCUACUGCAGCAAAGAUCAAGAACAUCCUAGAAACAGCUUAGAAAUCACUUUGAACAAUGUAGCAACUGCAUAAAAGUGCCCUAGCAAUUCUACAAAACACUGAGCAUCAUAGCAACCAACUACAACACCAUAACAACUAUAUGGAAACGCCCUAGCAACUACCUAAACAAUCUACUGUAGCAAAGACCCAGAACAAGCCAAAAAACCACUUUGACUCUUUGACACUUUGACUCGCCCUAGCAACUCUACAAGACUUUGAGCAUCAUAGCAACCAACUAGAACACCAUGACAACUGCAUAGAAACGCCCUAGCAACUACCAAAACAAUUUACUGUAGCAAAGACCAAGAACAAGCCAAUAAACCACUUUAAGCACCAUAACAACUGCCCUGAACACCAUAGCAACUGCAUAGGAAUGCCCUAGCAACUCCACAACAUUCUGAGCAUCAUAGCAACCACCUAGAACACCAUAAAAACUUCAUAUAAACACCCUAUCAACUGUACAACACUCUGAGCACCAUAGCAACCACCCAGAACACCAUAGCGACUGCAUA